CGGCGCGGUGAUUGGCCCGCGCGGCGAGCCGAGGCCGUUAACGGCGGCGCGGCCGAGCCCCGGCUCCAAAACAAAGGGCAGGCGGCCCGCGGGGCGGCGGCGGGGGGAUGCCGCGUGCCCUGCCGAGGCGCCAACGGCCGCAGCGCGUCCCGGGCCGUGCGGGGGGCGCCUGAGAGCCGAGCCCGCGCCGACCGAGCCCAGGGCCGGAUGGGCGCUGCGGGCCGGGGCGCGGACCGCCGAGCGGCCGUGAGUACAGGUUGUGACGCUGCUGUCUUGUCCCUGCCGUGUGGAGGGUGAGACCACUGUCUUGUCCCCUCUGUGCGCACAGGGCCGCACGCCCUCCGACGACAACGGUGCUUGCGUGCAUCCAGUGCUGUUUUGGUUCAAGGGCCCAGCAGAGCUACCCUGCGCCCAGCGCCAGCCGCGGGCUGAGUGUGGAGGGCACCGCCGAGAUGGUGAAGUUGACCAAAUCCAAAACGUUCCAAGCUUAUCUGCCAAACUGCCACCGCACAUAUAGCUGUGUCCACUGCAGAGCCCACCUGGCCAACCAUGACGAGCUGAUCUCCAAGUCCUUUCAGGGAAGCCAGGGACGAGCCUACCUCUUCAACUCUGUGGUGAACGUGGGCUGUGGCCCCGCGGAGGAGCGUGUCCUCCUGACCGGCCUGCACGCGGUGGCAGACAUCUACUGCGAGAACUGCAAGACCACACUCGGGUGGAAAUACGAGCAUGCCUUUGAGAGCAGUCAGAAAUACAAGGAAGGGAAAUUCAUUAUUGAGCUGGCACAUAUGAUCAAAGACAACGGCUGGGAGUGACACGGAGCUGUUCUCUUCUGAAUAUUAUUUUGUCAGAGACUUCAAAUGUAAUGAAAACCUAGAGCAUGUGGA